GGGCGGGCCGGGCGCGAUGGCCGAGGGCAGCGCCGUGUCGGACCCGCAGCACGCCGCGCGCCUGCUGCGAGCGCUCAGCUCUUUCCGCGAGGAGUCCCGCUUCUGCGACGCGCACCUGGUGCUCGACGGCGAGGAGAUCCCGGUGCAGAAGAACAUCCUGGCGGCCGCCAGCCCCUACAUCAGUUUUUCUCCCUUUCUUAGGACAAAAUUAAACUAUAAUCCUCCAAAAGAUGAUGGAUCAACUUAUAAGAUUGAACUUGAAGGGAUAUCGGUAAUGGUUAUGAGAGAGAUCCUGGAUUACAUCUUCAGUGGGCAGAUCAGGUUAAACGAAGACACGAUCCAGGACGUCGUCCAGGCCGCCGACCUGCUGCUGCUGACGGACCUCAAGACCCUGUGCUGUGAGUUCUUAGAGGGCUGCAUUGCUGCCGAGAACUGCAUCGGGAUCCGGGAUUUUGCGCUGCAUUAUUGCCUGCAUCACGUCCACUACCUGGCCACAGAAUACCUGGAGACGCAUUUCCGAGAUGUCAGCAGCACCGAAGAAUUCCUCGAACUGAGUCCUCAGAAGCUCAAAGAAGUGAUUUCUCUUGAGAAGUUGAACGUUGGCAAUGAAAAAUAUGUAUUUGAAGCUGUCAUCCGGUGGAUAGCCCACGACACCGAAAUCAGAAAGGUGCACAUGAAGGAUGUCAUGUCAGCACUCUGGGUCUCUGGGUUGGACUCCAGUUAUUUACGGGAACAGAUGUUGAAUGAACCGCUGGUUCGAGAAAUUGUCAAAGAAUGCAGCAAUAUCCCCCUGAGCCAGCCACAGCAAGGAGAAGCCAUGCUGGCCAACUUCAAGCCCCGGGGCUACUCGGAGUGCAUCGUGACUGUCGGUGGGGAAGAGAGAGUGUCCCGGAAACCGACGGCUGCAAUGCGGUGCAUGUGCCCGCUCUAUGACCCCAACAGGCAGCUGUGGAUCGAACUGGCGCCCUUGAGCAUGCCGAGAAUCAACCACGGCGUCCUCUCCGCAGAAGGAUUUCUCUUUGUGUUUGGGGGCCAAGAUGAAAAUAAGCAGACCCUGAGCUCAGGGGAGAAGUAUGAUCCAGAUGCAAACACGUGGACUGCGCUGCCACCCAUGAAUGAGGCGAGACAUAACUUUGGCAUUGUGGAGAUCGAUGGAAUGCUGUACGUUUUAGGAGGAGAAGAUGGUGACAAAGAGCUGAUUUCCAUGGAAUGUUAUGAUAUUUAUUCUAAAACCUGGACAAAGCAACCCAAUCUGACCAUGGUUAGAAAGAUUGGCUGCUAUGCAGCUAUGAAGAAGAAAAUCUAUGCCAUGGGUGGAGGAUCCUACGGAAAACUUUUUGAGUCUGUGGAGUGUUAUGACCCCAGGACCCAGCAGUGGACUGCUAUCUGUCCACUGAAGGAGAGGAGAUUCGGGGCGGUAGCGUGUGGUGUUGCCAUGGAGCUGUAUGUGUUCGGGGGAGUCAGAAGUCGUGAGGACAUCCAAGUUAACGAGAUGGUCACUUGCAAGUCUGAGUUCUACCACGAUGAGUUUAAAAGGUGGAUCUACCUGAAUGACCAGAACCUGUGCAUCCCUGCCAGCUCCUCCUUUGUGUACGGAGCUGUGCCCAUAGGAGCCAGUAUUUACGUCAUCGGAGAUCUUGAUACAGGUACCAAUUAUGACUACGUGCGUGAGUUUAAACGAAGCACGGGCACCUGGCACCACACAAAGCCACUCCUUCCCUCUGACCUUCGCCGCACUGGGUGUGCAGCCUUACGUAUUGCAAAUUGCAAGCUCUUCCGCCUGCAGCUUCAGCAAGGCCUAUUCCGUAUUCGCGUCCAUUCACCUUGAAGAGGAGGCAGAGCGCAACGCAAGAUCCUGCCCCGAGAGCGCCAUGACAUAGCUUUACGUCAGGGAGAACAGAGGUGGCAGCUGAAACCCGCUGGGCGUGCUGGGCGUUGCUGUGGUACCUUUUCGGUGGUUCGUAAUGCUUCAAACGCUCGAGCCUCGGCUCUUGUUUGGGAGAAAGUGUCACUGUGGAAAAACUGCCUAGGGGAAGCCAUUCCUCUAGUUAGGUGGACCACAGGCGACGGAGGCUAGCCUACCGGGGAGGAGAGGGGGCGAGUGGGAGUGGGUGUGAGGUAAGACGUCAGAGUUAAGACACCAAGGUACAUUCCCUGAGGGGAGCCAUAGCUGCCUGGCUGCUGGGUUCAAGUGUGUGGCUUUGGUGAACCAACAACAAACCAUAUAUGCAAGUCAACAUAUCCAGACACACCCAGAUUGCUUUUCUACUGCACUGGGAAGGAUCUAUUAUGCCUAACCCUGCCCGAGUUAAGAUUUGUGCCUAAAAUGUUAGAUUGGACAAUAAGCCAGUUAGUCUCUAUUUAUUACUAGUGUUAUGUCUUACGAAUCUUUUAAAAGCCGUAUUAUGAUGGGUUGAAACUAAGAUAAGAUUUCUCUUUAAUAACAUUCUGUCUUAGUCAUGUAAGGAUGCGGUGAGUAGUCAGGUUGUGAUGCUCCUGUGAGCGUGCGGGAAGUUGCUGGGCGCUGUGUCACUUGGGUGAGGUGUGGCCUGCCAUCCUUUCUGGGGUGUUACUUUGCAGUUGUGAAGGAGCUCGGGCCGUGCCACUCUUCCUUUUCAUUUGAUCAAAACAUUAUUUAAACAUGAGGAUGUCGGUGAGAAGGGAAUUUUCUGAAAGGAAGACUUGAGUUGGACAAAUAAUAUAGGCGUGCUAUGACUGUAUUUAAAAUUAAAAAAAAAAAAAAAAAAGCAAAGCUGUCCCAACAAAAUGCAUAGGGAUCAAACACUACUUCAUAUCGUCUGCCUGAAAGCACAUACGAGGCUUGUCUGCUGUGGUGAGGAUCUGGUAAUUCGUCUUCGCAGGCAAAUCUGUGUUCUAAGAGUUUUCCCAGUGCUGUGCAUUGGUAAGAGUUUUAGACAAAUUACGUAAAAGUUUGGCUGGUAGCACAAACUACCUCAACUUCAUUUUAUUGUGUUCUUAGUAGAGCGAGUUAAUGUCUUCCUGUGCUCCUCCUCGCCUGUCCGGCUCUCCCUCAGCCCAGCUCCCAUCAGAGGCAGGCCAGUCCUCAGCAGUCCAAGUUGUCCUGUAAGAGAUUUUUGUUUUCCGUUCAAAUUACACUAUACCACCUGAGUGUGAAAUCAGGGACCUCAAAGUGUUUGAUUGCUUUAUAAUUUAAAUUUUAUGCAAUAUUAAAUUUCUAAUCGAUUUACUAUUUAUGGAGUACUUUAUUUUUAAUUGUUUUCUAUGGCUUUGUUUUUUGUGGAGAAUGUCACUACAAGAAGCAACAUUUUGUCUUAAUGAUUAAUAAGUAUAUAAGCGAAUUCUUUCAUUGUACUUUUGAGAACAAGCAUUAUCUUCUAGAGACUUUCUAUGUGGAAUGUUUAUGUGUUGUUAACAUGCACAUGAGAGAUGCUCUGCCAGCCACAGGCAUUAAAGAAAGAGGAUCCAUCUGUGAUUUUUUUUCUUAAAUCUGCUGGAAGUCGACUCAGUGUUACAAAAGUCGUGUUACACAAGCUGCUGACGGAGGCCAUGCCCAGGGCUUUGCAAAACUAUGUGCUGUGUGCUACGUUAAUUUUCCAUCUGCCAGAAGAAACUUAGAGAAAGGAGAGAGGUCUGCGUGUUGCUCAUCAGAGGCCCCAGGCCCACUGUACCACACACUCAUGGUGUCCGUUCGAGUUUGAGGUUGUAAUCAGAGCUGUGUUCCCAUUGGUGUUUGCACAUUUUUUCCAUGACUGGGUGGAAGUGUUUUGAUCAAAAUGAGUUCUGUGGCUACCUGCAACAACAUCUUUCUUUUUCACAGUUAGGUAUUUGUUUGCAAGGGCUUUCCCUGGGAGCAGCACCUGGGCAUCCACGGUGCAGCUGGGGGACGUGAAGGCACGCAGUCAGUGAUAUCUCUUAUGCUCUGGUUGCUGCAGUUCUCCUCAAUUCUGAAAUUUAAAUUUUUUUGCAGUCUAUGCCAGGCCUCUCCAUGGAGAUAAUGCAUUAUUUGGGAACGACUGGGUUCCUACUGCAAUAUUAUCAGUGCCUGCAUGACUUGGUAAAUCCAUUUUUAUAAAAAUGGUUAUUUAUUCAUUUUUAAAAUUCAGUUCCUUGACACUGUAGCUACAAAAAAAUAGAUAAUGUGUUUAUAAAAUAAAUUUGUCACAUAAUAUGGGAUGCAAUAACCAACAAAAGCUACUAAGUGCCAAACUGUUAUUUUAAUAUAUAUAAAUAUUAAAAUGCUAUGUUGAAGUAUAGGCUUGUAUUUAACUUAUUUCAGUAUUGUAAAAUAAAUCAUAACUCAUUUCAUGCAGGUUUGCGUUGUAACAUUCCACUUAAGCCUUGAAGCACCUGCCUUUCUGACACUCCUCUCUCGAAGCACUCUGACCGGGCGGAUGUCAGAACUGGUCGCGAGAGCAGGUCUGUAGGUGUUAACUAGAAGUACCUUUAGGAAAAGUGCAAUUUGUUUUCCUUGUCCCACCAACAGAGUUGUCUUAGGUUAGAGUGAGCAAAUGUUUAAAGGGUCCCUUGCAGCCUACUAUCUGAAAUUGUGUCUUUCUCUAACACAUCCAAAUCACGAGUGUUAAACUUAAAAUGAAAUUCUUGGGUGCGUGUUUGCUAGUGCUUAUAUUCUGGCAGGAGAAAAAGCGUGAGGUGUGUGAGUGAGCGUAUGCUUACGUGUGUGUUGUGCCGUGUGACUUCAGAAAUCCAUUUGUCCGUGUUUACUUCUGGAAUAGUAAUUCCAAACUACUCUUGUUCUGUCUCCUGGUGCUUCUGGGCAGUUCUGAGCCUGUCGCCCUGCAGUUGGUCCUGCUGUGUGGGACAGGCGGGGAGAGGCAGAGGCAGAUACUUGGUGUGGCAUGGUUUGUACAGCUGUUUGCCACCUGGCAGUUGGUCCACGGGAGAUACUUAGCCAGAGACAUUCUUGUGCUUCUUGUCUGACUUUACAUUCUGUGACCGUCAGGAACUGGUAGCAGACGUUCUCAGACCGAGCAGCCACCAGCAAAGAGCGUGAAGGGCUGUGCUGGGUGUUCUGUUCCACUGCAUGAUGGCUUCAGGGACGGUGUCCCCUUUGUCGAAGGCUCAAGAGUACCACUUUUAUCAUUUGUAAGUGGAAAUAUCCCCAGGUACAGUGUAGGAAAUGCAUUCCUUGUGUCCAUUCGGUACACCCGACUUUAGCAUACCGAACCAACAAUCCCCCAGAAGUUCUCAAGGAGUGCUGAAAUGCUGUGGUGACCUUUCUUGAUCCAAGAGGCCCCCUGCGGUCAGAUGGAGACGUUGGAUCAGCUGGGGAGAGAUCCGGGUGGCAGUUUCCUUGUGUUGAUUUCAGGUGCUGGAACCCUCAAACACCCUGCAGAAGGGGCUGUCUUGGUCUGGAGGCUGCCCCUGGAGCUGGGCCCAGCACAGCAGAGCUGCCCUGGGACAUCUGCAGACGGAUGCUGAGCGCCUGUGCCUGGUGAGCGCCUGUGCCCACGCUUCUGGGAGCUGAACCAGCAGGCAGAUGUCAGAGUGCCCUCCCUCUGCAACGUCAACGCACUGCGGGGUGGAGCGAGACCCUGCGUUUGUCAUCUGUUCACCUCAGUGCUUACACACGACAGGCAGUCAGUGUUUGGCAAGUGAAUAUAUGUAAGCACUUCACAAAGUUCAAGGAAAAGUGGAAUUGAAAUUAUUUUGGUGCAGACCAAAUUAGAAAUCUAGCUUUCCCAUAUAUGCAUUGUCUGUGAGCUUUCCCUCCGAGUACUCGUGUGGUCCAAGGGAUGUUUCUCACUGGCUUGUGUUCUCUCUGAAUGACUAAUUUUGCUGGAUUUUAGAGGAGACGCUUUGUACACAGAUGGGCCGGCUUUAUAACUAGAGUGGAAAGCCAGAACAGAAUAAACAAUACCAAGUGCCUGAUGUCGCCACCGCACACAGCCCAGGACUCCAGAUGCUCUGUGGGAUUUCUGAGGCCUGGCACCCCUACCGGUGUUCGUAGUGUCUAGUGUGGGAUUUUACGUGUCACUUUCUACACGGGCCUGUUAAUCCUUGCCAGGAUGCAUGACUCGUCCUUACCUGCUCUCCCCCAGUCCAGAGUGCAGCAGUCUCAGGCCCAACAGGUGCAGCUUCCUAACUCUGCAUAUGAGUAGCUGAUGUAAACAGAAGCCAAGUCUUUGUUACCAGUUCAUUUCUCGGCCUUCUGGGCUAACUUGAUUUGGGGAGGCAUGCGGUGUUUUUAACUGUAAAGUCAUACUAACUCCAAACAUUUCUUUGUAGAUUAUUCAGAAAAUGAACUGAAAUAUCUUGAUCUUUGCUGGUUAGCUCCAGGAAAUUUAAGAAUCGGUGAAGAACAGAAAUAAGCGUUUGUGUUUCAAGGGUAGCCACACUUCUUGUUAGACGAAAAGCCCCGUCUCGGUUCCCCUUUUCUUCGCCGUGUAAUCAGUCAGGAAGAGGAAGCUGCGUGUUUGAGCGUUGAGCAAAGUGUUUCCUGCCUCUUUCACAGGCCUGAAGUGUUCUUUGCAGCUGCCUUCGGAUGAUGAAUGAUCCGUUGGCCUGCGUGUCCAUCACACCUGCUGGCAGUCACGACUCUGUAGUGCUUGAACUGUUGGCUUUUUCUAUACUUUUUGCAAGUCAGCUAGCAAAUGUUUUUGAAAUUUUGUAUUUUUCUUAAGUGAUUGUCUUUCAUUUUAAAUAGAUCUCAAUAUUGUCUCAUUGUGGUAGUUCCAUUCAUGUGAUGUAGGAGGAUUAAAACUAUACUUAAAUUAUGCUUCUAUUUCUUCGGCCUACUUUUAGGAAUAUUUGUUCUUCAGUUCUGUCAAUGGCCUCUAAUAAUUGAACUUUUAAA